CAACGGGCAUGGCCACACUGAACCAAACGUCAUUUGUGCCGGACGCCAUUUUCGCAGAAGAAAAAAUCUUGACCAGACAAACUAGCUUUUGGCAGUCGUGUGUUUUUGGUGUUAAUAAAUAUUUCUAUACAAAUAAUGAGUAACGGUGGAAGUGCCGGGGGACUGGGCGCAGCGCGUCCGCCUCCAAGAAUCGAUGGAAUGGUCUCCCUGAAGGUCGACAAUCUCACAUACCGUACCACACCGGAGGACCUGCGUCGGGUAUUCGAAAGAUGUGGAGAGGUUGGAGACAUCUACAUACCUAGAGAUCGUUACACACGCGAGAGCCGCGGAUUCGCCUUCGUGCGCUUCUACGACAAACGCGAUGCCGAGGACGCACUAGAGGCCAUGGAUGGUCGCAUGUUGGACGGAAGGGAGCUCCGUGUCCAGAUGGCUCGCUACGGCCGCCCAUCGUCACCCACUCGCAGCUCAAGCGGCCGUCGUGGCGGUGGAGGUGGUGGUGGAUCCGGUGGACGACGUCGCUCACGAUCGCGCUCCCCGAUGCGUCGCCGUUCUCGCAGUCCUCGCCGCCGCUCCUACUCCCGUUCUCGCUCGCCUGGCAGCCAUUCUCCGGAGCGCCGCUCCAAGUUCUCACGCAGUCCGGUGCGCGGUGACAGCCGCAACGGAGUCGGAAGCGGAUCAGGAGCAGUAGGCGCAGCCGGAUCUCGUAGCCGCAGUCGCUCCUAAACAUCGAAAUACGUUCCAUCUUGUAAGAGUGCGAGAUAUGACGCGCUGACAAUGCCCGUUUCCGAUUGCUGUGCCGGAUAUCUGCGGCGCCUCCUGUGUCAUGCUGUACCCGAACAGCAGGUAUACAAACCAUUAAACAGUUUACACUUUACACAACUAUUUAUAGCGGACUAUUUUAAGUUUUGGCAGAGUAAUUAAGAACAGAGAACAGGCAAAAUAUAAUGUUCCGAGCGAGAUCCCCGCUCGCUGGGCGAUCCCUCGAUGUCAGUUCUUUCUAAUUAGGCUUUUGAUAAACUUAGUAGCGCAGUAGAAAUUCUUGAACAAAAGCAGAAACAAAACAUAAUAAACUUAAAUUAACACGGCUUCAACUUAA